AUGCCACACUUCGCGGAUGCCAGCGGCUCAUGGGAGACCUUCGACGUGGCCAGCGCGAGCACGCAGUUCUGGGAGCGCGUGCCGGUCGUCACCAAGGCGGGGGACCGCGAGGAGGAGCUGCGCGAGCUGACGGUCCGCAUCCUGUCCGGCUUCGCGAGGCAGAACCACAACCUGAGGAUCCUGAGGGUGCACGUCUCAAGCGAAGAGGACUUGUUGUUUCUCCACACCUUGGAAGUGAGUGAGGACGAAUUCCAGUCUCUGAAAAUCGAACAGGGCAUACUGGUGGACUUCAGCAGCUUUCCAGGGAAGAUUAUCAGUCUGUUGGGCAAAUGCAUCGAGUCAAGGGGCGAGGACAUGCCAAGGUUCCAAGCAGUGCUGACAAUAUCCCCAGGGGAGUCCAGAUUUCAGAUUGUGGAGACAAACGACUUCAACAAACUUCCACACGUCACACUGAGGUUUCGCCCUGGUGAUGACUUGGCGAUUAAGCAGUUCCUGGCCUUUCGCCUCUCUGAGAUCAAAGGUAGCUGCAGUCAACUGGAGAACGAGUUGAGGGAUGCAAGGAGGGAAGGUGAGAUGCGACAGUGUGAGCUCAGCCAGACACAGGUGAGGCUGGAUGAGGUCGAACGCUCGCACAGGCAGCAAAUGAUGGAGGCCGAGGCCAAUGCGAAGAGCACACGAAUAGCUCUGCAGGAGGAGAGCUCCCAUGAGAAAAGCAUGCUCAGGGACAGGAUGGAAAGGGAGCGCUGCGAGCUUGAACAGCGACUUCGAGAUGAGCUGGCAGCGGUGAAGGCUCGGAACGAGAAGUUGGACGCUGAGAAUAGGGAAUUACUGGCAGGCAAGCUUGAAAUUAGUGCAAGGGUCUCAGAUCUCGAGCAUCGGCUCGCGGUCGCGGAUCAGGAGAGGCACUCACUCCGGGAGGACUGCGCAGCGCUGAGGGACCAGAAUCGGCAGCUGAGCGGCGAAAAGCAUGACCUGGAGCUCAGGGUGAAUGAUGCCAAGGUGUCCACAAGGGGCUUGGAGGAGCAG